AUAUGGUGGUGAAUGUGCGUCGGAGGAUCGCAGCGGGGUCGGUGACGCCUCCAGAGACACGUCAGCCACACGGAAGCUCCGGUUGUUCCUCAGACAGCUGAGCUGCUAGUGAACCUGCUCUGAGAAUCCGAUUGUCAAAAUGGGUGGCUUCUUCUCCAGCCUGUUCUCCGGCCUGUUCGGUACCCGAGAAAUGAGGAUCCUCAUCCUGGGGCUGGACGGCGCCGGGAAGACCACCAUCCUCUACCGGCUGCAGGUCGGCGAGGUGGUCACCACCAUCCCGACCAUCGGCUUCAACGUGGAGACUGUCAGCUACAAGAACCUCAAGUUCCAGGUGUGGGACCUGGGAGGACAGACAAGCAUCAGGCCCUACUGGCGGUGCUACUACUCCAACACAGACGCGGUCAUCUACGUGGUGGACAGCAGCGACCGGGACAGGAUGGGCAUCUCAAAGUCGGAGCUGGUGGCCAUGCUAGAGGAGGAGGAGCUAAAGAAGGCCAUCCUGGUGGUGUUCGCUAACAAGCAGGACAUGGAGCAGGCCAUGACCCCCACCGAGGUGGCCAACGCCCUGGGGCUGCCCUGCCUCAAGGACAGGAAAUGGCAGAUCUUCAAGACCUCGGCCACCAAGGGCACCGGCCUGGACGAGGCCAUGGAAUGGUUGGUGGAGUCCCUGAAGAGCCGGCAGUAGAUGUCUGUGUGACCACCCCCCCCCCCCAUGCCUUCUCUGUACAUACUCCGUGAUCUUUGAACCCCCCCCCCCCCCCUUGCUGUAUAAAGCCUCCCGAUUGGCCUUCCCCAUGCCCCACCCAAAACGCCUUUCCACACACACCAGAGACUGAAGCGCCUUACUCCAGUCCUCCUGCCUCGGUCCGAUGGUGGCCGCGCUGGGGGAUGUCGUUCGUGGGUCAUCUGUGAACGGUUACGGGGCUGGUUUCACCGGGGGGGGGGGGGGGUAACUCGUGUUUAAACCAUGUGAUUCGACUCUACUCCUCCACGCCGAGCAGACGACUCUUUCAGAUGCUCUCUGUACGUUUUGAUUCCGUUACGGCCGCCAGACUUCGGAGAACCGUGGAACACCAGACAUGUGUAGCUUAUGCCAACCCUUGACUAUACAUUCAUACGUUCUGUUUGAGGUGAGGUGGUUUAGUCGAGCGACGGAGCGGUUCAAGUCAGCGGAUGUUCACUGUUUUUCUUAUCCCGAAGUAUCCGCUAUUGAAACUUGUGACCAAAACUACUGAAGAUAAGGGGGGCUGACCAGCCCCCCCCCAUCCCCUCCCCCACUCCCCCUUUCUGUCUCAAUCAGGCCCGUUAAUACCUUUUGUGUUUCCACUAUUUUUUUUAAGGGAUGUUCUUUACAAGAUAAAACUUUACCUGUUGAAAUCCAGGAUUGCAUGUUAGUCAUUUAGUUACUGAACACUAACUGUUGAAGAAUUGUAUACCCAAAGUUUUAUGAUUGCAUAUUUAUAUUUGCUUGUAUACUGUAAAUGAUACAUAGUAAAGACUGCUUUCAGUGAUUGUA